GACCACCUCAUCCUCUCGCUCUCAUCUUCAAUGUUUCUCCCUUUCGUUGAGUGAGCUAUAAGGCUGAAAAUGAUCUCUACGACUUUGGAUUUAAUGCUUCAUUCAUCAAUCAACACUGUAUAUUUCCUCAGUAUUGUUCAAAUUUGAAUAUUGUGUAUUUGAAUGCUCUCUUUCACCACCAUUAUAGAACAGGGAUUAUACAGCAGUUGUUCAGGGGUACAAGACCUCAGUUAUUCUUCUGGCGAUUUGCCCACACAGACAUAGAUCCAGACACUGGAACCUCAGGGCGGUGUGUUCUCUCAAUCUCUCACCUAGCUGGGUAUCCUGUACUGCGGCCAUCCUCUGCUCUCCUUUGACAUCCACUCUUCACAAGGACCUCAGAGUUAGUGGUUAUCUCUGUAAGAAUGGAGGAUUCCUCUGAACAGUCUCACUGGGUGUCUCCGGCUCUGCUCAGCUCUGAUCCCCUGGCCAGCUUCUCCUCAGAGCCUGGCUUACUACCUCCAGGAGAGGAGGGAGAGCCCUUCUUCUCCAACCCCGAGACUGACUACACCAGCCUUCCCUCAUACUUCUCCAACCACAGCCACAGCAGGGCUCCAUCAGGCUACAGACAGGGCUCAGUUCGCCAGGUGUACUCCUCGCCCUCUCUCCUGAGCAACCUUCAAUGGCUGGAUGGCCCUGGCAGCCACUCUCUGAGCUCUCCAUACAACCCAUCAUCCUCUACCUGGACCAGCAAUCCUUUCACUAAGACUCCUCUGCACCCAUACACCCCAACCUCCCUUUAUGCCUCCAGCGCCACGUCCUCGUUCACCUCCAGAGAUGGGUACUCCUCUCCAGGUAGGGAUGGCAAGGAGAGUCCCAGGCUUCAGGAGGCCCUGAAGGCCGAGCGCUUGAGUCCUUUGGGUGGAAGUGGUGGAAGCAGUUUUCUGAAUCUGACUUCCGCUGCUGGGAGUGUGUGCACACCAUCUCCCCACUCCCAUUCACACAUGCUGGGCCCCUACAGCUCAUACAUGACCUCUCCACAGGACUACACAAUGGCAGGCCUAUACUCCUCCCCAGGGGCAUGGAUGAGCCCCUCCUCCUACUCCCCCAAACUACGUAAUAAAAUGAGGCUGUCUCCCCCAGAGGCCAGAGAGUGUGUCAACUGUGGAGCCACUGCCACCCCUCUAUGGCGUCGAGAUGGAACAGGACACUACCUGUGUAACGCCUGUGGGCUUUACCAUAAGAUGAAUGGCCAAAAUCGUCCCCUGAUCCGACCAAAGAAAAGACUGAUUGUCAGCAAGCGGGCCGGGACUCAAUGUGCCAACUGUCACACCAGCACCACCACGCUGUGGAGACGGAACGCCAGGGGUGAGCCUGUGUGCAACGCCUGUGGCCUCUACUUCAAGCUGCACAACGUCAACAGACCCCUUACUAUGAAGAAAGACGGUAUCCAAACACGAAACCGUAAAGCGUCCAACAAGAACAAGAAGGGCAAAAAGAGUGCCAUGUUGGAGCAGUACCCUGACCUAUCACAGGGUCCCCCCCUCGAUGACCACGGAGGCCCCUACUCGCUGGGUCCAGGGUCACAGCUCUCCUACAGCCACACCCCUCACUUCCUCUCCCCACCCUCCGGCCUGCACCCGUCUGUCAGCCUGUCUUACACCCAUCACCCAAACACUGGCAUGGUGCCCACACUGGUGUGACACAGACCUAGACACAUUCAGACCCAUAAAGGCAACAUACAGCACAUACAGUACAGACACAAACUCGCCUACUGAGGAAUAGCUUCUUUGUAGCAAUGGAUGCCUUGUACAUAAAUGCAUUUAUACUUUUUCCUUCCUAUUUUAUGUGUGAAGUUGAUCUUGUCUUAACACUGGACAUAAAACUGCACAUUUUUACAAGAUCAAAAAAUAAAAACUUUUAUGGAAGGAUUUGAUUGUAUUUUGUUAAAGGCAUAUUCUAUUUCUAUGAAUACUAAAACUUUAAAAGUAAAGUUUAAACUUCACACUGUAAUCAUUGAUACGGGUAACACUGGUAUGAACUUGUAGCUAUCUGUAUUUUGUAAAUACGUACCGAAUUGUGUGUACUAAAGUUGCCAUAUCCCUUUUCAAAUGUUUAUGAUUUUAGUUGAAGGUGAAAGGGCAUUCAAAUGUGAAUUGUUUUGUAUUUGCUACAUUUCUAUAUUUGUAAUUUCUUACAAGCUCCUCAUAAACAAUAAAACAUGAAUGGUAAAAUUA